AAAAAAAAAAAAGUUCAGCUUCAGCAAAUUCUGAAGUGUGUCUAAGUCAGUCCAGUAUAUCAAUGCUGGUUGUGUUUAGGCAUUAGUAGUGGGAGGAAGAAAAGCACGGCUAACGAUUUCUCAUACAAAUUUAACUACUUUGGUUAGUUACUCAUUUAUUACCCUUUCUCCCAUCUUGGUCUCAUCUUGUCUGAAGGGCUGGUUCCAUUUUCCUUGUUUACUGUCUCCCCCUUAUCCCUGGAGUUGAAAGGCCCAGUGAACAAACACAGGGUUUGUUUUAUUCCCAACCAACCACGGAACAGUCAUUUCCCUGCAGAAUAAUUGGCUUAGGGAAGAACAGAGAGAAAACAAAACAAGUUCAUCAUGUGCAGCUUGGUCUGGCUACAUCCCCUCUCAGAAACCAGCCUGGGGAAGAACUGUUGCGAGUGAGUAAGCGUUCAUUUAAGGAAUAAAUGAGGAAGUGGCAAUAAAGAAAUUUUAAUUUGUUGCCUUAGGCGAAAACAACUGUGCUUUGACAGUGUUUCAAGUGCUUUUGUCUUUAUUUCUCAUUUUCCCGACAUGUCUUACAGGUUCUGAAAUCUAAGGACAGCUUUUCCCUGGUACCACUCCAUGUUGUAAAAUCGUGGGAACGGGUCUCUCCUCUUCCUCACCUUUACUCAUCUCCCGAAACACUUACAGCUAGAUGCGUAUAAAACAGAAAAGUGUGUACCAGCAAACCCAAGCACUUCUGUGCAAGAACUUUCUUAAGAAAUGGAGAAUGAAAAGAGAAAGCUUACUGGAAUGGGGGUUCCCAAUACUUUUAGGACUUUAUAUGGGUGUAUUUUCAUAUAUAAAAGAAAAUGUACGUUUUCCUGAAAUGCCUCCUCAAGAUCUGGGAAGGGUAGAUAAAUUUAAUAGCUCUUCUAUGGAUGUUGUAUAUACACCGAUCUCUGACAUAACCCAGCAGAUAAUGAAUAAGACAGCAUUUGCUCCCUUUUUAAAAGGAAGAAAAAUCAUUGCCGUACCAGAUCAAAAACAUAUGGAUAAAGUACUUCUAGACAAUUUCCCAUUCACCGUGGGAGUCAUCUUUAGUGACACUUUCUCUUAUAAGUUAAAAUUUUUUCAGGGAUAUGACAUUCCAAUUUCGAAGGAAGAUCUUUUCACAGCUCAUUGCUGGGGUACAGAUGAUGAAUUUUCAUGUUCACUGACCAAAUACUGGAGUGACGGAUUCGUGACGUUACAAACUGCAAUUAAUGCUGCUAUUAUCCAAAUCACAACAGAUCGCCAUGUGAUGGAGGAGUUGAUGUCAGUUACUGCUAUAAAUAUGAAGACAUUACCCUUUAUUUUUAAAGAGAACCUCCAAAAUGAGAUGUUUAUUUUCUAUUGCUUGCUUUACUUCUCCCCGUUUAUAUAUUUCUUGUCACUAAAUGUUACAAAAGAGAGAAAAAAGUAUAAGGAUUUGAUGAAAAUGAUGGGUCUACAAGAUUCAGCGUUCUGGCUCUCCUGGGGUGUAAUCUAUGCCGGCUUCAUCUUCAUUGCUUCCAUAAUCAUUACAGUCAUCAUAACAUCUACCCAAAUUAUAGUCAUGACGGGUUUCAUGGUUAUAUUUACUCUCUUUUUCUUAUAUGGCUUAUCUUUGAUAACUUUGGCCUUCCUGAUGAGUGUGAUGUUAAAGAAAUCCAUCCUCACCAGUAUAGCGGUGUUUCUCCUCGUUCUCUUUUGGGGGUGUGUGGGAUUCACUGCAUUUUAUAGACAGCUGCCUUCACCUUUGGAGUGGAUUUUCAGUAUCUGUAGCCCCUUUGCCUUCACUGCUGGAAUGACUCAGAUUAUCCGCCUGGAUUAUAAUAUGAAUGGUGUAGUGUUACCUGAUGCUUCAGGAGAGUCAUACAUAAUGAUAGCAACGUUUUCCAUAUUGGUUUUUGAUGCUCUUCUCUACUUGGUGUUGGCAUUAUACUUUGACAAAAUCUUACCCUAUGGAAAUGAGCGCCAUUAUUCUCCAUUAUUUUUCCUGAAAUCAUCGUCUUGUUUCCAACACCAAAGGAUUGAUGAUAAGGUCAUUGAGAAAGAAUUAGAUCCGGAUCACCCUUCUGACGACUAUUUUGAACCAAUAGCUCCAGAAUUCCAAGGAAAAGAAGCCAUCAGAAUCAGAAACGUUAAAAAGGAAUAUAAAGAAAAGACUGGAAAAGUGGAAGUUUUGAAAGGCUUGUUCUUUGACAUAUAUGAAGGUCAAAUCACAGCGAUUCUGGGUCACAGUGGAGCUGGCAAAUCUUCAUUGUUAAACAUCCUUAAUGGAUCGUCUGUUCCGACAGAAGGAUCAGUUACCAUCUAUAAUAAAAAUCUCUCUGAAGUGCAAGACUUGGAGGAAGUCCGAAAGAUAACCGGUGUUUGUCCUCAGUUCAAUGUGCAAUUGGACACACUCACUGUGAAGGAAAACCUCAGGCUGUUUGCUCACAUUAAAGGGAUUCAGCCGCAGGAAGUGGAACAAGAGGUGCAAAGAAUUUUACUGGAAUUGGACAUACAGAACGUUCAGGAUAGUCUUGCCACACAUUUAAGUGAAGGUCAGAAAAGAAAGCUGACCAUUGGGAUUGCCAUUCUGGGAGACCCUCAAGUUUUGCUAUUAGAUGAACCAACUGUAGGACUGGAUCCCUUCUCAAGACAUCGAGUGUGGAGUUUCCUGAAGAAGCACAGAGCAGAUCGUGUGAUCCUCUUCAGCACCAAUUUCAUGGAUGAAGCUGACGUCCUGGCUGAUAGAAAAGUGAUCUUGUCCAGCGGGAGACUGAAAUGUGCAGGCUCCUCCAUCUUUUUGAAGAGAAGGUGGGGUCUUGGAUAUCACUUAAGUUUGUACAGAAAUGAAAUCUGUGAUCCAGACAAAAUAACAUCUUUCAUUAAUCGUCACAUCCCUGAUGCUAAAUUGAAAACAGAAAGCAAAGAAAAGCUUGUGUAUACUUUGCCUGUAGAAAGGACAACUAAAUUUCCAGACCUCUUCAGUGAUCUUGAUAAGGGCUCCGGCCUGGGUGUGAUGAGUUAUGACGUUUCCACAUCAACUCUGAAUGAAGUCUUCCUGCAACUAGAAGGAAAGUCAGCUACCGAACAAGAUUUGGAACAAGCAGAGAUAAGAGACUCAGGAAGCCUGCAUGAAAUGGAGCCGGCCUGUUCUUCUCUUCCUGAAAUGCAGAAGACUGUGAGCGAUAUGGGCCUUUGGAGAAUGCAGCUCUGCGCAGUGGCCCGGCUCCGUUUCUUAAAGUUAAAACGUGGAAAGAAAGCGCUUUCUACGCUACUCUUGGUAUUUGGAAUUGCAGUGUUCCCUUUGAUUGUGGAAGGGAUACUUUAUGCUGUACUAAAUCAAAAGACUGAUUGGGAGUUUAAACCUGAAUUGUAUUUCCUCUCUCCUGGACAACCUCCCCAAGACCCUCGUACCAGCUUACUGAUCAUCAAUAACACAGGAUCAAACAUUGAAGACUUCAUACAGUCAGUGAAGCAUCAAAAUAUACUUUUGGAAAUAGAUGACUUUGAAAAUAGGAAUGGCACUGAUGACCCAUCUUACAAUGGAGCUAUCAUAGUUUCUGGUAAACGAAAGGAUUAUAGAUUUUCAGUUGUGUGCAAUACCAAGAGACUGCACUGUUUUCCUAUUCUUAUGAAUAUUAUCAGCAAUGGGCUACUUCGAAUGUUUAAUUAUACACAAUAUAUUCGAACUGAGAGCGGCUCAUUUCCUUUUAAUUAUGCACUCUUCUGGACUGGACUGCCAAAAGGCUCUUUUUUCCUAUUUUUCGUCAUGUGCAGCAUUUCUCCUUACAUCGCCAUGAGCAGUGUCAGUGAUUACAAAAAGAGAACUAAGUCGCAGCUGUGGAUUUCGGGACUCUUCCCUUCUGCCUACUGGUGUGGGCAGGCCCUGGUGGAUGUCAGCCUCUACGAUUUCAUUCUCCUUUCAAUGUACUUAAUUUUCUACCUAGCAAACCUGGUGCACGUUUAUCUCACAAGUCGAAUUGUGUUUGCUUUGGGUGUAAUUACAUUUGGUUAUGCAGCUUCUCUUGUCUUCCUGACAUAUGUGAUAUCAUUUAUUUUUCGUAAGAGGAGAACAAAUAGUGGCCUUUGGUCCUUUUGCUUCUAUAUCUAUCCUUGUCUAUUUCAUGUUUAUACCAUUGGAAAGAGACUACAUAGUUAUGGAAUAUUGCAAUUUCAGAUUUUGAAAGAAGUCAAGAGUAUCUCCUAUGAUUCACCUCAUUUUAUGGAGGGAAAAGUCCCAGUCUUCACGUUUGGCAUCAUUGUAAUAGAUUACCUCGACCUGAUUGUUUGCAUGGUAUUGUUUCCCUCAAUGACUUUGGGUGGAUUUGUAGCUUUAUUGGAAACGAGAAUCCACAAAUACCAAAUGAACUAUGGAGACCUAAAUUACGACCUGAAUGCAGCUGACCUACUUUUCUGCCUAAUACCUUACUUUCAGGCUUUGCUAUUCGUUUUUGUUCUAAGAUGCUUGGAAACAAAGUGUGGAAAGAAAAUAAUGCACAAGGACCCUGUUUUCAGAAUUGCCCCUAGAAGUAGAGAUGCUCGUCCCAAUCCAGAAGAGCCUGUAGAUGAAGAUGAAGAUGUUCAAGCAGAAAGAAUAAGGACAGCCACCGCCCUGACCACAUCCAUAGAGGAGAAACCAGUCGUAAUUGCUAGCUGUCUACGCAAAGAAUAUGCAGGCCAGAAGAAAAGUUGCUUUUCAAAGAGGAAGAAGAAAAUAGCAGCAAGAAAUAUCUCCUUCUGUGUUAAAAAAGGUGAAAUUUUGGGAUUGCUAGGACCUAACGGUGCUGGUAAAAGUUCAUCUAUUAGAAUGAUAUCUGGGGUCACCAAGCCCACGGCUGGAGAGGUAGAACUGACGGGAUACGGUUCCGGCCUGGGUCAUCGCAGGGACGGCAGGGUCCAGUUCCUGGGGUACUGCCCUCAGGAGAACGUGCUGUGGCCUGUCCUGACAGUGAGGGAACACCUGGAGGUCUUCGCCGCUGUGAAAGGGCUGAGGAAAGCGGAUGCCAGCGUUGCCAUUUCACGAUUGGUGGACUCUUUCAAACUGCACGAACAGCUGAAUGUUCCAGUGCAGUACUUAACCGCCGGAGCUGCUAGAAAGCUGUGCUUUGUGCUGAGCAUCCUGGGAAACCCACCUGUCCUGCUUCUGGAUGAACCAUCUACAGGCAUGGAUCCAGCAGAGCAGCAGCAAGUGUGGCAGACGAUCCAGACGGCUGUUAAAACCGCAGAGAGGGGCGCCCUCCUGACCACCCACUACCUGGCCGAGGCCGAGGCCGUGUGUGACCGCGUGGCCAUCAUGGUGUCCGGAAGGCUGAGAUGCAUCGGCUCCGUCCAACACCUGAAAAACAAACUGGGCAAGGAUUACGUUCUCGAACUAAGAGUGAAGGAAACGUCUCAAGUGACGUCGGUCCACACCGAGAUUCUGAAGCUUUUCCCGCAGGCUGCCCAGCAGGAAAGAUAUUCCUCCUUCUUGGCCUAUAAACUGCCCGUGGAGGAUGUUCACCCUCUAUCUCAGGCCUUUCAUAAAUUAGAGGCAGUGAAACGUGACUUUAACCUGGAAGAAUACAGCCUCUCUCAGUGCACCUUGGAAAAGGUCUUCGUAGAGCUUUCCAAGGAGCAGGAGCUGGGCAGUGCUGAUGAAGAGGUGGAUACGACCAUGAGAUGGAAACUCCUCCCUUAUUCAGAGGACCCUUGAAACUUCAAGCCUAAUAAUUCUUUGUUAAUGUCAUAUAAGCUUAUAUCUCAUGUAAUAAUUGGCCGUAUGUAUAAUUAAAAAAUUAUGGAUAUCGGUAUUAGGCAUAUUCUGUGUACUUAAUCAAUAAACAAAUAAAAUGAGAAAUUUC